CCAUGUAUUCAGUUUCCUUAUGGAUAACGUAACGACAAUGCGCGCCCGCUGAGCACAUGGAUUCUAGAGCUCGUGGGCACAUUUACCCAAUGAUGUCACCAGAAACGGUGUUUCACCAUAGCCAUGAAGUCCAAUUACAAUAAGUAGGCUAAAAGUGCACUGAAAGACCUGAAAAGCAUACGCUUGAACACUAAACACUUUGUGCAUGUUGUGAGUUUGAUCUACAGCCAAUAAGUGUGCCAGUCAAGUGCAUUGAUGAACUUUAAUGCACUGAGGCGGUCUUCUUCAGCCCAUUGCUGAUAGUUUUCAAUUCCAUCAUUCUGAAACGUAUCAUAGUUUGAGAAGAUGGAAUUUGCCAUGGUGGGCGCGGACAGUGGGGGUUGCAACACCCACCUGCCCUACGGAUAUGCCCAAACUCGCGCCAGAGAGCGCGAGAGGGAGAGACAGACUCGCGCGGCGGCGGCUGAAGCCGUAACGGUUGGAGAGGGAGGUGGGUGCUGUGGCAAUCCCCACAACCUCCCGCAUCAUAGUCGCAACGCCUCUUCAACGAAUGCCAACAACAGUAGCGCCGGUACCGCCUCGCGCCCCUCCUCCUCCUCCUCCCAACAGCAGCAACAACAGCAACAGCACGAGUCACCACAGCACCUUCCCAGAGAGCGAAAAAAGCAACGAGGCGUCGCGCGCUGGAGACGGAACCGCGCGGCACUCGGCGGGGAUCUACGCCACUCAGAGUUGGCGCUCCUAGGAUCCGAGGAGGACAUCAUGAUAGAGGAGGAAGAGGCCGAGGGCGAGGAGGAAGAGGAGGACAGGGGAAGCAAGAGGUCGAGUUUUCUCUGUAACGUGGACGAUGAAGAGACAGUUUCCUUAACGGACCGACAUCCUCAGUCAGGAUAUGAAAAUGUUUACAGUGAGUACGGCUGCUGCGAGAGAGUUGUCAUCAACGUGUCGGGCUUGAAGUUUGAAACUCAGCUGAAGACUCUCGCGCAGUUUCCGGACACUCUUCUGGGAGACCCUGAGAAACGAAUCAGGUACUUCGACCCGCUGCGCAACGAAUACUUUUUUGACAGGAAUCGACCAAGCUUCGACGCCAUUCUAUACUACUAUCAGUCAGGGGGCCGGUUAAAGAGACCCGCCAAUGUGCCGUUUGACAUAUUUUCCGAGGAAGUGAAGUUCUAUGAACUUGGGGAAGAGGCAAUGCUGAAGUUUCGCGAAGAUGAGGGCUUUGUGAAAGAGGAAGAGAAACCGCUACCCGAGGACGAGUUCAAACGUCAAAUUUGGCUCUUGUUCGAGUAUCCGGAGAGUUCCAGUCCAGCCAGAGGGAUUGCGGUCGUGUCAGUGUUGGUUAUCGUCAUAUCCAUCGUCAUAUUUUGUUUGGAGACAUUGCCAGAAUUCAGGGACGACAAAGAAUUCCAUAGCCCAGGUAAAAAUUCCACACACGCCGACAACGGAUUUACGCCGUUCAACGACCCCUUUUUCAUCGUUGAGACGGUGUGCAUCAUUUGGUUCUCGUUUGAGAUCAUUGUCCGUUUUUUCGCGAGCCCCAGCAAAGCUGCUUUCUUCAAAAACCUCAUGAACACCAUAGACAUUGUCUCAAUUUUGCCUUAUUUCAUAACUCUCGGCACAGAACUCGCGCAACAACAACAACCGCAAGGCAACGGGCAACAGGCAAUGAGCUUUGCGAUCCUGAGAAUAAUACGACUUGUCAGAGUGUUUAGGAUCUUCAAACUGUCUCGACACUCCAAAGGUCUCCAGAUCCUCGGACACACUUUGCGCGCGAGCAUGCGAGAACUGGCGCUGCUCAUCUUCUUCCUCGUCAUCGGUGUCAUCCUGUUCUCCAGCGCCGUGUACUUCGCCGAGGCGGAUGAACCCACGUCACAGUUCACGAGCAUCCCAGACGCUUUUUGGUGGGCUGUAGUGACUAUGACCACGGUGGGUUACGGGGACAUGAAGCCCAUAACGGUCGGAGGAAAAAUAGUGGGCUCGUUGUGCGCAAUAGCAGGUGUCCUGACCAUUGCUCUUCCAGUCCCCGUCAUCGUAUCCAACUUUAACUACUUCUACCACCGGGAGACUGAUAACGAGGACCAAACGCCCGUUGUCGAGCAACCCCCGCCGGGUUGCCCGUAUUUUCCGGAUUUCCUCAGAAAAUGCAAAGGGUCCCCAUCGGGAUCCUCUUUGGGUGACAAGGCGGCCGAGUAUAUGGAGAUGGAGGAAGGCGUGACAGAAUCUCUAUGCGGUGCUGACACACAGAGCCCAAAUAGAGGGAACGGUACUGACAUAGGCGGGAAAAACAGUUCACAUUCACGAACACUACAGACAGAUGUAUGAUUAUAGAAAAUGGUAACCUUCUCGUGAGGUUUUCGUGUGACUGCACAAAUAAAUCAGUCAACAGCACACAUGCACAACUUGAAGACAUAGACGCGCGUGCGCAAACACACACAGAGACACUCGCAUUCACUCUCAUGCAGUUCCGGACCUAAGCUGAAGCAUUUUUGCAAUGUGGCUACUUUUGUAGAGAAACAUAGCUAUCCUGUAAUCAAGUGACAGGCGACACAAAAAUCACCAGCUUUACGUGACGUGGAGAGGUGUCUAUAUCGCCCCACCUGUUCUGUUGACAGAACUGAACAACAAAGAAGGCAACAAAAAGGAAUUUGCAUAAGCACUUUAUGAGUUACAUUUGUCAGUAAUUGUAGGAAAAAAGAGAAGAGUUCUUAUCUAAUGCUAUUAUGCAAUAACGUUUAAAUCGUUUGCACUAUCAUCAGUUCUGUUAUAGUCUCCCAGAUAAAAGAAAUAGAUGUAACAUUGAGCCAGAGAGAGAUAAUAAUAAUAAUGAUAAUAAUAUAAAUUGCGUUAUUAAUUUGAAAUUAUAUAUAGCAAAUACACGCUGAAACCUUUGUUGUCAAGAACAAUUAAGCGAAUGUGUCCCAUACUAACUAAUUAUUCGAACGUACCAUUUGUAUUAAUUGGAGAGCAGCAUGUUGCGCAAGGCAAUGAUAUCUAAAAUCCCAUUAUGGUAAACAAAUGUGUCAGCAUGCCAGUAUUUAGUACGUAGUACACUCUGGUAAAAACCCUUUUAGCCCACUCCUGUCUAGUUAUUUGUGCAUUGUCCAGGGUGGAUGAAAUGUAAUUUUAGUCAGUCCCUGUUGUGAGUAUUAAAGAAGAAAGAAAAUAUCGAUAUUAUUUUUUGUGAAACGGUACACUGCAUUCUUUAGUUCAUUAGCAAACACUAUAACUCAUUCAUCAUGCGAUCAAGGAUUCAUUCUCUCUGAGCAUAAAUGUCACUUUCUGGUAUGCUGUGGCCAAAAUACCGGUUUCACAACUGUCUCACAAAAUAAACACCUUGUCUAACAGAAUCGAUGACACCAUGGCUUGAAGGAUCAGUUUGGCCACUGCUACUGUUAUGGGAGUAUAUUUCAAGGGAAUGCUUCAUGCAAUUAAUUGUUCUUCGUCCCUUUACCAAAAUGACAAUGCAUCCCUUUAUAAAAUGUACAGCCAAACAGCACUGAUGGAAACAUGAACUCGCUGGUUUGGUGGACUUCAUGCACAAGAGUACCUGCGUUCCACAGCGAAUUCUAGUCCUCCUGGAGUGCACGAUGACCACUGGGCAUGCGCAGUUCAUUGUGAGAGACACGCGAUAAACUUUGUGAAAGAAUGUUGCCACUGACACAAGUCUACAAAUGCAGUCACUACUGGCCCUGUCUUGGUGGAUAUCAAUCAUAUGAUCGCAUGACCUCUAAUGCAAGUAAGAGAGAGUGGGUGUUGUGAGUCUUGUCUAUGAGAGACUUUCCCAUCAGCCUUUGGACUCCUACAAAGAGGAAUAGCCACAACUGACAGUCAGUGGAUGGGACGGACCUGUUGCCACAGGUGUCAUUGAAGUUACGGCUGGACAUCAGAUGAAAAUGGACACUGCAGCCUCUUCAACGAGCCGUAAGACAGGAAGUCCAUCGUCAAGCCAGGUGUCAAUAACUGUUUUAGACCCGCCCUAAUAAAUGCCUUAAAGACACAGUACACUACAUCUCUAUGUAGAGGAACCUGCAGCAGGAGACCUCUUAAAAAAAGCUUGACAUGUUUUAAUUUUCCUCUUUACGAGUGAAUCAGUGUCUUGCAAGAAACAGAUGUGAAUAUUUUCUUAUAAUAGAGAAAUAUUUGUUUGGGUGUAAAAUUGCCACUUGUUUUUGUUCGGUAGGCCUGGUGAAAGGUGUUAAAUAUAAGUAAAGGGAAAGUCUACUGUCUGUCUGUGGCAGCCUCUUCCAUUUAGUUUUGUCCUUUUUUAUUUCCUAAACCAAAAGACUGCCAGCUGGAACUGAGAAAUUCAGCUGCAGUGUUUAAUGAUGUCAGUUUGGACGCCCUUCUGUGGUCACACAUUUACAGUACGAAUGCAGGGUCAAAAUCACAUCCCCCUCAUCGCCAAACUCAUUUUUUUUGCAAGACCUCAAAUCUAUACUAUUCAAAACCUGGUCUCAUACAAUCACGUUACUAUUCCUACAUUUUUGCAAAUUUAUUUUUAUGUUGCUUAUUGUACCUAUUCCAGUUUCACCAGUACAACCAAUUUCCUGAUGAAAUGAACACUACAAGCGCUAUAACAAUGACCUUAUUCACAGUAGCGCCAUCUUUAAUUUUUACGGGAAUGACAACGAGGCUGUGAGGGAUAGACUCUUUAAUGGGUUAUAGUGUUGUUUAGUGUUUUGGAUCGUUCCACUGACAAAACAUUGAAAAGAAAAAAAACUUAAUUCUAAGAAAUUUUGGUAGAUGAAAAACUCUAAAGUUGGAAAAUUAGUGAUUUAGGAGCUGCAUACAACUUUACGCAAUGCAUUGAAGAGACUGUAGGUCUUUCCCUCACAGCCUCGUUUUCAUUCACGUCAGAAAUCAAAUAUGCGCUUCUAUGAAUAAGGUCUAUAGAUCAAAGAUUUGUAAGGUGAUACAUUUUAACUUUUGCAUUAAAUAAACAACUACAUUUACAAGUCUUUUCAAACACACUCAAGUUGCACGGUAUCUCAACUGAUAGAGUGUUGCAUUCGCUCUUCUGGGUGCAAGUCCAGAAAAGCAUGGGAGUCGACACAUGAGACAAAAGUAUCAUAGCAGCGCCAUAAAAAAUUAACUGGGCACUGUUUUCCAAAAGCAUCGUAUGCCUAAUAGAUUGUAGAAACCACCGGUGCAAUUUUGAGAAACGCGCCAUGGUUGCUUCAGGAAUUGCUUUUUUCGUAUCACAUUUGUUUUUAUCACAUUAAUGUCAUUUUGCAAAUACACUAUAUUGCCAAAAGUAUUCGCUCACCCAUCCAAAUAAUUGAAUUCAGAUGUUCCAAUCACUUCCAUGGCCACAGGUGUAUAAAAUGAAGCACCUAGGCAUGCAGACUGCUUCUACAAACAUUUGUGAAAGAAUGGGCCGCUCUCAGGAGCUCAGUGAAUUCCAGCGUGGUGCUGUGAUAGGAUGCCACCUGUGCAACAAGUCCAGUCGUGAAAUUUCCUCGCUACUAAAUAUUCCACAGUCAACUGUCAGUGGUAUUAUAACAAAGUGGAAGCGAUUGGGAAUGACAGCAACUCAGCCACAAAGUGGUAGGCCACGUAAAAUGACAGAGCGGGGUCAGCAGAUGCUGAGGCGCAUAGCUCGCAGAGGUCGCCAACUUUCUGCAGAGUCAAUCGCUACAGACCUCCAAAGUUCAUGUGGCCUUCAGAUUAGCUCAAGAACAGUGUGUAGAGAGCCUCAUGGAAUGGGUUUCCAUGGCCGAGCAGCUGCAUCCAAGCCAUACAUCACCAAGUGCAAUGCAAAGCGUCGGAUGCAGUGGUGUAAAGCACGCCGCCAGUGGACUCUAGAGCAGUGGAGACGCGUUCUCUGGAGUGAUGAAUCACGCUUCUCCAUCUGGCAAUCUGAUGGACGAGUCUGGGUUUGGCGGUUGCCAGGAGAACGGUACUUGUCUGACUGCAUUGUGCCAACUGUGAAGUUUGGUGGAGGGGGGAUUAUGGUGUGGGGUUGUUUUUCAGGAGCUGGGCUUGGCCCCUUAGUUCCAGUGAAAGGAACUCUGAAUGCUUCAGCAUACCAAGAGAUUUUGGACAAUUCCAUGCUCCCAACUUAGUGGGAACAGUUUGGGGAUGGCCCCUUCCUGUUCCAACAUGACUGCGCACCAGUGCACAAAGCAAGGUCCAUAAAGACAUGGAUGAGCGAGUUUGGUGUGGAAGAACUUGACUGGCCUGCACAGAGUCCUGACCUCAACCUGAUAGAGCACCUUUGGGAUGAAUUAGAGCGAAGACUGCGAGCCAGGCCUUCUCGUCCAACAUCAGUGUCUGACCUCACAAAUGCGCUUCUGGAAGAAUGGUCAAAAAUUCCCAUAAACACACUCCUAAACCUUGUGGAAAGCCUUCCCAGAAGAGUUGAAGCUGUUAUAGCUGCAAAGGGUGGGCCGACGUCAUAUUAAACCCUAUGGAUUAAGAAUGGGAUGUCACUUAAAUUCAUACGCGUCUAAAGGCAGAUGAGCGAAUACUUUUGGCAAUAUAGUGUACGUAGACACGGGCACGUAAUUUUCAUGAGAUCAGGCUGAAUAAUUAAGAAUCGUUAGCUGUAUCCUUGUCAUCAAAAUCCUGAAAGUUUUGUAACACCCAGAGGAGUUAAACAUUAGUAAUAGUCAUGUAAAAUGGACCUACAGUAUAUGUUUGCUUUUUUGUUGGUCUUCAAGGUGCAGAUUAAUGACAGAGCAGAGGGGGGUGAAUUAUGGGUACCAUCAGACUCGCUGGACAGCUGGUUGAUGUUCAUGUAAUUCGGUGCAGUACUGGACUGAUGCCCGAUGCUCAGAUGACGAAAUGGGUCUGCUGCUCUCUGCAGUUGUGUGCGCCUGGUGUAUCCACAUUAAAUAUCGGCGAUGCCCAGAUUUGGCCAACCUCUACAGAGUUUGGUUUAUAAAGAUUAAAAGUCAGUUAAUUGCAAUAGGAAUAACAGUGAGCACUGCAGCACUCCGAAAGUGUAUCACAGUACUAAGCUGUUGUGAACUGGGAAUUUUGGUAAUGCAGUUCAAUUCCCCCUUCCGCAAAACUCUCUGUAAAUGGUGCCCCCCAACAGAAGACUGCAAAUUAUAGUGCCACACACCGACAGCAUGACAAUAAAGCCACAUAUAAACAGAUCUGCAAGUCAUAUUCCCAGUUAACUAAUAGUCUUUCUGUGAGACAAUGGUGGUGAAAAAAACACAAGGAGACACAACUGAAAGAUUCGAUACUCUCUCUGAAAUGACUGCCCCACUGUACUCCCUUUUUCUUUCACUAACACUCUGCCUCUGUCUUUUUUUCCCCUUCCCUGCCUAUCUGACAUGCAACCAAGCAUGCAGACCGGGGCUUAUGCACACUGUUUUCUUCUCUUUCUCUCUCUGUCUGUCUCUAUCUUUCUCCUGUAUCUUUACCUGUUGGAAUAUAGUCUGAAUAGACAUGCCAGAAUUUUAAUAAAGGAUAAAAGAUUUGUGGUCUAUAUGAACUUAUAGAAUAUAAACAUGAACAAUGUAUAGAACGAACCAGCUGCUCUGUUGUCAUGGAUAUACAUUCAAGUAAUCUGUAUGCAAAGUUCUAUGGAAGUGUACUAUCUAUUUUUUUAAAUCUAGCCUUGAAUAAUAUAUAACCAAAGUCGAACCCUAAAAAUCUAUGUUCUAUGUUUGGACCUUUAUUUUUUGAAGAGAAUUAGACCUAGUAAAACUAGAUGCACAUGAAACACGAUGUAUGUACAUAAGCAGAUGUCUAUUUUAUUGUGUCCUCAAGGUCACGCGUCAUUUUAGGCAGAUCUACUUUUUUGACUGUUAGCCUUCUGAGUCCCAGGCCCUGUUUUCUCUUGUUCUUCUGAUUCGUAAUGGUUUUUGUGAAAAUCGUGGAAGCCGAUCCUGCCAGUCGCAGACUCUCUCCUCAGCUCUCUCUCUCUUUUUAGCGUGUGUGUUAGUUGACUGGUCUCUUUAGCAGAGGACCACUUGCUAAGUACUUUUCAUAAACUGAACAUAAGAUCAUCAGGCAAAUCAGCACCAUGAAGCAUCUGAACAUGGAGCAUUGCUUCACGUCACAUGUUGUAGAUCUGCAUAUGGCUUUAAUAUGUAUAUAACAAGUAAUAUUAUGAUGUCAAUAUGACACGUUGCUCUGUGCAAUCGGAAUGGUUUACACUGAAGAACAAGCAUUCCUUAACAUCCACGGUGUGAUGCGCAGUUCUCUUUCUUUAUACACUGAGUCAACAGCCAAGAAUUAUCAGCCAAACGUGAGGAGACUUUGUUUCCAUGGAGAUGCUCUUCCAGUGCUGACUGGUCAGCUGAGUUUGGAGAAAGAGGGAGCUUUAGCCUGUGAAAAAGGAGAAUUACCUGCUAAAUGAGAUGAACCAUAUCAGCACAUCCUCUCAAUGAUUUGAUGUAAUGUUUAUCUUGUUCACAUCUAAGUAUACUCGUUCAAAUAGUUUGCUAACUGUUGCUGUUUAAUGUACACAGGAGAACAUAAUGCAAAUUAGAGAUCUCUAAAAGCUUACUUAUUCGAUACAACAUACCACAUUACUAUUAAGAAUUCUGCUGUCUGAUUGGAAAACAGUCAGAUAAAGCCACUGUGUGAGAGACAUUCAGUCAAAACUAAAAGGAGCCAUUGAAAUGCAUCUUAAAAAAUAGCAAUCAUAGAGUACCUGAAAAAAAUAAAAAUAAACUUAGUUCACCAAUGUGAUAUUUGAUGUAACGUAUAAACACAGUUUUGUCGUGGCUUUAAUUAUAGCAUGGACUAUAAUGUGACCGCAGUUGUCUGCACAUUGUUAAUGGAUUUCAGUGAGCUUAGAUAAAUUCUUUUGAAGCAUAAUUAGGCAUUUUUCACUUUUGUAAAGUGUCGUAAUGGACAGAGUUACCCGUGUAACGCUUGGCUACUUACCCAUAUAGUAAUGAAACCGCGGGAGAACAUUGCUGACUGGAAAAGAUCUCUUUCAGUUACCAGAUCAGAUUACUUAUUGCGUCAGUCAUACACUGCCGUACGCUACAGGUGGCUAAAGGAACAAUCACACGCAAGGACAAAGUUUUCUACAAAUCCAUAAAAAGAUAAAUCAGAAAUAAGUAUCGAAUAUAUCCGCUAAUAUAUAUAUCCAGUUCAGAAGUCCCAUCGAUGAGAGGUGUGUUGGUGUGUGUUGGGUCAUCUGUUGUGCCUCCUAACAAACAUGCAGAGGGAGAUUGGUGAGCUCUUGGUGAGUCUGUAUUCUUACAAUGAACAAUCCAGACUGCAGGAAAGUGUAUAGAAUCAUCCCCCUGAAAGAAGUAAAUAAAUAACCCGAUGUUGUGAGUUUUGGAUGUGCUUGCCCUUUCUUUCUGCAUGAUGCUUUGUUUUUCUUUAAACUUGCAUCCUGAUUAAAGAUGUAUUUGUGUUAUUUAUUUAUUUACUUUUUUUUAAUUUUUUUUUUGUAUAUUGGAAACCCUAUAUAAUUUCUUUCAUUUUCUUUUUGUUUGGGGGUAAAUUCAUCAAUCUUCUGGAUUUUUCUACAUGCAUAUCAUUUUGUAGGCAGCAAUAUGAGAUGUGAUGGAAAUGAACUUAUGUGCAAUGUUGAAAAUUAAAAAAGCAAAACAUAAUAUAUUAAAUAAAAAACAAAGA